CCACAGGUGAGGCAUCAGAGUCCACCCAUACAGUGAUGACAUCAUCAGGUGAGCCAGCCAGUUUCCUGUGUGAGAGGUGACCAGCGCUGAGCUGCCUGCAUUCUUGUGUAGUGAAGCCAACAUGUCAGCCGUCACUACAACAUCAAGAACUGCUGCAGAACGUGAGGAAGACUCGUCAGUGCAGGGGUGCAGUGUUGCCAUGGAGACAAGAGACGCUGAUUCAGCAGAGGAAAAGGAGGAGCGGGAUGAAGACAGGGAGGAAGAGGAGGAGCGGGAGGAAGACAAGAAGGAAGAGGACACAGGAGGAGGAGUUGGGGAGGAAACGUCAUCCAGAGCCACAGCAGAGCGUCCCAGCACCCUGCCGAUAUCAAUAUCUUGUGGCGUGAAGAAGAAGAGAGUCCUGGCAGCUCCGGCCCUCAGCGUAUCCUUAGGACGCAGCGAGUCUGGCGACUUCCACUCGGCGUUCCUCUCGCCGUCUCCUGGGGAUCAAGAUGAUGGCGUGCUGGACUUCGACCUGGACGCCAUGGAGACGCCGUCAGACAGCGAGUCCCUCCGCUUCCCCACCGACGACCUGGAUCUGGAAGUGGAUGUGCAGGGGGGCAGCGUGUUAGCAUCCUCUCAUACCGGGUCCUUGCUGGACUCCGAGCAAGGUGGACUGGGAGCGCUGGAGCGUGAGGAUGUGGUGGACCACAAGGGCACCAGGUGGCGCGCUUUCACCGUGGACGAGCCCCCUCAGCAGAGCCGUGUCAACAUGAGCGUCCUGGAGCCUUUCCUCAAGAUUCUGUCACAUGGAGGUUACUAUGGAGACGGGAUGAAUGACAUCAUUGUGUUUUCCUCCUGUUACUUGCCGGAGAACGGUCUGGAAAAUUACCAGUAUGUGAUGGACAACCUGUUCAGGUACUUGGUGGGAACGUUGGACCUGAUGGUAGCCGAAAACUAUGUGAUCGUUUAUCUUUGUGCUGGAGGACAGAAAGACAAAAUUCCCGGGAUCAGCUGGCUGAAGGAAUGUUACCACACCAUCGCAUGGAGGUUAAGGAAGAACCUAAAAGGCGUGUAUGUGGUUCAUCCUACCUGGUCCAUCAAAGCGCUCAUCACCAUCAUCAAACCCUUCAUCAGUUCAAAGUUCAGCAGGAAGCUUCAGUUCGUCAGCAGCCUGCAGGAUCUGGCCGCCUUGGUCCCCACUGAGCAUGUGCAGAUUCCAGACUGCGUCAGACUGUAUGACCACAGCUUAUCCAGCUGAGACAGCCAGGACUAUUCCUCGCUUUAAGCGAGCAAAGUGUGCGAGCUGCCAACACCUCCAUCAUGUUUAUUAUGGGGCAGGAAACACUGCAGCCAUUCAUAGCACAGGAAAACACCAAGUGUGUGUGAGAUUCCAACGGCUGUGCAGGAAGAGCCAGGCAGGAAGGAAGUGGGGUCUGCUGAGGAAAGUCCAUAAACAGGAACACAGAAUCCAAACCGUCUUUUCUUCACACUAACGCUACACCACAAACAGCGAGCUGACACGCUCACAAAGCAAGCAAGAACCGUGUAUCGAGUUUAUUUCAAUGAUGUUUGAAUUGUUUGUUUCAUGUUAAAACCAAAAGUCGGGUAGUUUUUUUGUUUUUUUUUAAUUACCUAUUUUAUUUAUCCAUCCAAAAUUUCUACCGCUUGUCCCUUGGGGGUGGUGGAGCCAAUCCCAGCUGCAUUCGGGCGUAAGGCGGGGUACACCCUGGAUAUGUCGCCCAAAAUUCACACUCACAUUCACACACUAGGCCCAAAUUUAGUGUUGCCAAUCAACCUAUCCCCAGGUGGAAGUCUUUGGAGGUGGGAGGAAGCUGGAGUACCUGGAGGGAACCCACGCAGUCACGGGGAGAACAUGCAAACUCCACACAGAAAGACCCUGAGCCCCGAGAUCGAACCCAAGACCUUUGUAUUGUGAGGCACACGCAUUAACCCCUUUUUUUUAAUUUAGUUAUUACAUUAGGUGAGUAGUGUUUGUUGUGGUUUUAUUACAGUGAGUGGGUAAUUUUACUUUGUUUUUUUUUGUAAAGUCGUUACUUAGUUGUUAGUACAUACUAAUUUCUUGAAUAUAAAACUUGAUGUAAUACACACACACUAGCGACCACAUCAUCCAUUGCUUUUGCCUCACCCAUUCUCCAUGACAAAAGACACACUCAGGUUUUCGUAAGAGGAUGUUACACAUCCACCCCCCCCCCCACUUUAAAACUUCAACCAAGUCCCUACCCGAUAAACUGUAUUUACACAACUCUUUGUCUCACAUUACAGCAGCUCUGAUGAGUCCAGAUGUUAGUCAUAAAACAUGACGUAAUCUCUCUCUCACACACACACACACAAAUGUUUCAAGUCACAUUCGACAUAAAAGGCACACACGUAUUUGCUUUUCAAAAUAAAGGCACACAGCUGGAGGGAAUAUCACAUUUAUUACAUAACGAUGGGUGGAGCUAACGUGUUUGGACGGCAUUAUGUAAGCAAAUAUGAAGUGUAGUUCUGUAAAGUUCAGUCUUUGUGGAGGUCAAAGUUCACGCACAUUUGUUUUGUUCGAGCACAAACGACACGAUCAAUAAAGUGACUCCAAAGUUAAA